AGAACUUUCUCCGUUUCUCCUCAUUAUUUAUAUCUAUCUUCCCCUCCACUCCACUGCCUCAUCACUCCUGGCUUGUGCUCUCCUCGUGCCACUAGGGUUACCUUCUCCAUUUCCAUUUCGCUCUCAAGUUUCAAGAAUCGUGAGCCAUGGGAAAGUCUUACCCUACCGUUAGCGCUGAUUACCAGAAGGCCGUUGACAAGGCGAAGAAGAGGCUCAGAGGCCUCAUCGCUGAGAAGAGAUGCGCUCCUCUAAUGCUCCGUAUAGCGUGGCACUCGGCUGGAACCUACGACGUGAAGACGAAGCCCUGCUGAACUUGCUCACGGUGCUAACAACGGACUUGACAUCGCUGUUAGGUUGUUGGAGCCGGUUAAGGCGGAGUUUCCUAUCCUGAGCUACGCCGAUUUCUAUCAGUUGGCUGGUGUUGUUGCCGUUGAGGUCACUGGUGGACCUGAAAUUCCUUUCCAUCCGGGAAGAGAGGACAAGCCUGAGCCACCACCAGAGGGUCGCUUGCCUGACGCAACUAAGGGUUCUGACCAUUUGCGUGAUGUGUUCGGAAAAGCUAUGGGGCUCAGUGACCAGGAUAUUGUUGCUCUAUCUGGUGGUCACACCCUUGGAUCUUGUCACAAGGAGCGUUCUGGAUUUGAGGGCCCCUGGACCACUAAUCCUCUGAUUUUUGACAACUCAUACUUCAAGGAGCUGUUGAGUGGUGAGAAGGAAGGUCUCAUUCAACUGCCUACUGACAAGUCUCUUUUGAGUGAUCCUGUAUUCCGCCCUCUGGUUGAGAAAUAUGCCGCGGAUGAAGAUGCCUUCUUCGCGGAUUACGCUGAGUCUCAUCUAAAGCUUUCUGAGCUUGGGUUUGCUGAAGCCUAAGCAAUGUUUGGGCGUGUCGGAGAUGCACGGUGCCCAUAAUAUUUCUCUCGUAAUGUGGGUUCGUCAAAUUUCGGAUAGCUUUUGAAUGUAGUUUGCUGGACGUGAUAAUUGGGCAUUUGGAUUGUUUUUGUGGUUGAUCUUUUUUAAUUAAAUAACAUUGUUCAGUGAUUAUGAAGAAACUCUUUCGGACCUCACUUCGUUAUUAACGUCUAUAGGUAUUAUGUUUUCCCGAUUA